AUGUUUUCUUCUUUCGUGCAAGAAAGGCUCUACGUCCACCCGGCAAUUGACCCCGAUGUUGGCCUAGAAACAUCCUCAAGUUCUCGAAGUGGCGACUCUUACAUGGUCUGCCCCGCGGAUCAUGCAAAUUCAGAAGUGUCUGGCGACACCUCAAGGCCUGGGACUCCUGACCAUAAUGAGCAUACCAAGGACGACAUGGCUAUCUCUAGCAGACCCUCGCGCCAUGUUGACUACCUAUCCCACAAUUGGAGGGAGGAAGAUAUUUGGUCAUCAUGGCGAUACAUUGUGAUGCGACGAGGAGAUUUGCCCGACAGCGUGCGAUUAGAAAAUGCUGCUUGGAGAACGUGGAUUCAGGCCAAGAAUAAUCUGAAAACCAUUUCCCCUGAGACGCUUGACUGGCUUAAGGAUUGCGAUAUAACCUGGCUUUAUGGUCCUCUGCACUCGGUACCAGAUGCCCUUAACUCCACCCAGACCGAGCCCUCUAAGGUGCCAUUGUCCAAAACUGAUUCAGAUGUGAACCUCGAUAAGAAGCCAAUCCUGAAGAAGCGGAGCUCGUCUGAAGAGAUGCUCCAGCGGUCAUUAUCGACAGCUUCACUACUCAAGCAAGCUACGGCAGCUGUCAAAAUCCAGGAGACCAGGGGUAUCUUCCGUCCUCAUAUGGGUCGUCCACCGACUGACUGUCUUUCUCAGCCAUUUUCUCAACGACAACUGGGUGGAGAAAACAGUAGCGUCAGUCCCUCCACAAAGUCCUCUGGGAUCACAUCCCCCACCUGUGAGCGAAAGCACACCCAUUUCAACGAACGAGUCGAGCAAUGCAUUGCUGUGGAAUUUAAGGGUGUCGAACAUAGUAAUGGCGAGCUGGACACCGGCCGUUACGGCAAUGAUGAUGAUCUAGAGGAUGGCGUAAUGGUGAAGCGCGCCAAUACAAGGAAGCGAUCGCUCUUCCAACGGAAGGUUUUGGAGUCAAAGCCAGCCGAAGGAAAGACAAUUGCCAUGCUUCCAUCCACUACCCUGAAGUGCCGGGAAGACACUCUAGAACCACGAGGGACGGCUAGCCAGCACUCUCGAAGCUCAAUCAUGCCCUCUUCUUCGCUGCAAGAUCUUCGACCUGCUAAGCAGCCCAGAAUGUUUUUUGUUGGUGAAGAAGGGGAGGACGACAGUCUCGACGAUGUACUGCUCAGCUCCAGCAUAGGUUGGCCGUCGCCGCCCGCUCAAGGUGCCAACGGCGACCUUCGCCGACCCCUCUCUUCGGAUAGCCUUUGUGAAGAGCCUGCAGGCAUGCGAAGGACUCCUUCUGGCAUGUUCAUGCCCUACGUGGAGAGAGGAGCAUCCUCGGCGGACGGUAUUCUUGACCGUGUUAUAGACACGGUUAAUACCGCCCGUGACAUUGCUCAUGUUAUCUGGAGCGUCGGCUGGAGGAAGUAAUGAGACCACAGCCUUUGGUAUUGGCUGACUUUGA